UUCCAGUGAUUUUACUGGGAUGUUUCACUUGCAGAUUGUCUAGGAAUAAAACUGUAGUUGUAAAGAAGACGAGUAGCAGAUCUCAUCAACUGUUGCCGUGCUCCAUCUAAAUCAUCGGAAGAAAGAAAAAGAAAUGCCAAGAUCUUUCCUGGUAAAGAAAAAGCGGGGUGCAUGUGGAGCAUGGCAAUGGAAGGAACCAGAGCUGCAUCAAUGGCAAGAGGACAGCACUGCAGUGAGGGAAAAUGUUAUGGAAAAAGGGAUUCUCAGUCAUGACAUCCAGCAGCUUCCCUCAGUGAAUCAGCCGGAACAGACUUCAGGAAGUGGAACAACAGUGGGAGUCAUUCUCCCAGUGUCUUCAGGGCUCCAAGGGUCAGAACCAAGAAGCUGGUCAAAAACAGGCCCCUUCGCUUUUCCAACGACUUUGGCCUCCAUGAACAGAGCAAAGACUCGCCCUCGCAGUACACCUGUUUCCGGGGAUUUUGCAUGCUCGCUGUGCCACAAAAUCUUUCCCCUGCAGCGCAUGCUAACACGCCACCUCAAAUGCCACAGUCUGGUGAAGAGGCAUCCCUGUCGAUUCUGUGGCAAAGGAUUCAAUGACACUUUUGACCUCAAGAGGCACAUGCGAACACAUACAGGUAUCCGACCGUACAAAUGUGAGCUGUGUGAGAAAGCUUUUACCCAACGUUGCUCUUUGGAGUCCCAUAUGAGAAAGAUUCAUGGUGUUCACCAGCACUACGCUUACCGGCAGAGGAGGUCCAAGAUCUUUGUGUGUGAGGACUGUGGAUUUACCUCAAGUCGCCCUGAUGAGUACUUCCUUCAUGUGAGGCAACAUCAUCCAACAAGCCCUGCGCUCCGUCGCUACUAUCGACGCCAUGCGCAUGAGAACGGCCCUCUUCCAUCAGCAAACCCUAAACUCAACCCUUAUCUGUUGUACUCAGCUCCAGCAUACUUCAUGUAGAGCUCAUUCUACUUACCUUUAUUUAUAAGAGAUGUUUCAGUCAGUAACAAAAUGCUGCUUUUAGCUCAUUUAUUCGUUGUGUAACAUUUAGUUUCUGUACUUCCUGUAAUAAUGUUAAACCUUCUGCUAAGUUAAUGUCGUUAAAUAUCCAGUCUUUGUAACCUUCACCCAAAUUAAUGUGUUCAUAUUUUUUGGCAAGCUGCAGUGCGCACCACCGGGAACACAACACAGCCUUAUUUCCUGCAAUCAUAUCCAACAAUGUUCUGUGUUGACAAUCAUGUUAUGCUCUUUAGUUUAGUCUUAAAUAGUUCAAACUUUCUUUUUAGUGCAAAUAGUUCUAAGGUAUUUGAGAAUAAACCAAAGUCUGUAAUUUAAACUUAGCUUAAAAGCAUGAGGAGUCAUCAUUCAGUGAGUGUAGAACAAUGAACAUAAUUGAAUUCUGGAAUAAUCACAUUUGUUGAUGCAUUAAGACGAUUGUCUUGGUUGAAUAGAUGCAUUCAUCAGAUGAACAAUUGAUCCUGAAAAUAUUUAGAAA